AUGAAUCUGUCUUGGGCGGAAAAAUUAGCGAAGAAUGCUUUAUUAACAGCCCAGAAGAGGAUCGACUCGGUUUUAGACAUCAAAGCUGAGGAAAACGAAGAAGGUGAGCGACUCGAAAAGCAAGUGGCUCAAGCAGAAGACGGACCUGAAGACGAAACUUCGAAUUCUCCUACGGCCGAGCUUAGCGAAAAUAUAGAAGAGGAAGGUGAAGAAGAAGAACCGCCUUCAGAAUAUCAGGUAUGUUUUAGCUAACUUUAUUUAUCUUGUCUCUAGGAUGCAACCGAACAAGUUGAACCUUUAUUCCACGUUGAUCUUCCUGAGCAACACGAAGAGGAUUGGGCGCAAAAUUUUUCCCCUUUGGCAGUAAAUAAGGUUUGUGAAAACUUAGAAAAUGUUUUCUUUAAUUUUUUCAUUAGGUACCUAAAAUCUUUACCUAUAAUUUUAGGAAGAUAUUGUUGAGGCCGAGCCAAAUCCGAUAAGAGAUGCUCAUGGUGAGCCAAGCACGUCAUUGAUUCAUUAUUCGCCGUCUUCUAAUUCCCCAGACGAAGAAGAAUGUCAAAGAUCUGAACCGAAUGAACCUCAAGAAGAAACAAAUCAGAUUGAUUUAUCUUGUGUGAAGGAUACGGACACGGUGAAGGAAGAACAUAGAGAGGAUGUUGUUACGGUUGCUUCCAGUGAUAUUGUCGUAAUUAGAAACGUCGAUGACUGGUAAGUAUUGUGUGCUGCUUACCAUGUAAUAAGUUAACAGGGGAAGUCCAGCCAACACCUGCGAUGCUCAGAUUUUAGUGCAACUUGGCACAAAUUUAGAUUUAUUUUUUUAAGACAUGCGAGAUUCCUAGCUCGCGCUUUGCAGAAACGACCGAGAUUUUAAGGUCAAAAGUUGGAAAGAAUAAUCCACUUUUUCCCGGAUUUUGGCAUGAAAAGUUUUUUUGCCUAUUUCUACCGUUUGGAGGUAAUGCUUCCACAAAAAAAUCAAUUUUUCGAUUCGAAACUGACAAAGAUGCGGCCAAAAAGUGUUUUUAUGUCUGACCGCACUCCACCUUUCGCGUAUUAUUUCGGCCGCAAAGAUUCUUGAUUAUCUCGACUGCGCCUGCAAAGCGCGAGCUAAAACUUUCAGGAAUUGAUGUGGCCUAUGCCCGGUGUGUGCAAAAUUUAAAGAAAAUCUGAGAAUAGCACUUGCAUUAAUUCCCUUGUAAAUGGAUUUUAUUUUGCGUUGCAGGUCUUUAGCCAGUGGAAGCCAUCGACGAGCUGUGAGUGAUCAGAUGUCUAUCAUCGGCAAUAACGGUUUUAAUCAUGGAGAUGGCUACGAUGAGACUCUACAUGAGAAAAUUUCAGCUUUGGAAGCGAAGAUAAAACAUAGAGAUCAACGGAUUACUGAAUUGUCACAUCAGAAUGAGAAGUUGAAGAUUCAAAACACAAAUCUCAUCCAGAAAAAUAAAAGCAUAAACAAUAAGUGAGCUUUCGGCUUUCCCUUUUUAUAGUAUUUUUAGGCUGGGCGCGGAAUCGAAGCUUCAGAAGAAGCUAGCCGAGAAAGAGAACGAACUCGCUGAGCUUAUGGAAGAAGGUAAGGACAAAUGGGAAUUGAAUAUGCUCUAGGUAAAAACUUAUCCAUUCUGAAUGGAAAACAAGCAAAGGAGUUGAAGAGGCUGAAAGACAUCGAGAAGGACUUUGAAAGCCAAAGGAAUCUUUUGCAAGAUGCUAUGGAUAAUAUUCAUACACUAACUGAUGUUCAAGAACGAUUAGAAAGUAAGUAGUUCACUUCUUAUGCCCAUUUUGGUGCUUAGGAGAGAACAGUAGUUUGAAGCAGAAGCUCGGUGAACAACAGAAAGAGUUUGAAGAACUAAAAACUAAUCUCAAUAUGAAAAAAGAAGCUCAAGAAGAUUUAAAAUUGGCGGAGCAGCGAUGUCAGAGCCAAAAAUGUCAGAUUGCACAGCUUGAGCAACGGGUCGAUGAACUAAUGACAGCCCAAAGAGAAGCGGCCGAACAAAUAGCAAUAUGUAAGGUUGAUAAUAUAAUUUCAAUAUUAUUUUAGCUAAUGCACCUCUACAUGCGAGGAUCGAGGAGUUGGAAGCGGAGCUGAAAGAGAGCCAUAGCUCCAAGUAUGUAAUCCAAAAGAAACUGCGAUUUGCUGAUGAAAACAUUGAAAAUCUAAAGAAGAAAAUGACCGAUGAGAUCACCAUUCUCAAGCAACAGUUAACAUCGUUGAGGAGACAGAAUAAAGAAUUUGAAGAUAAGGUUUGCGAACUUCAAAGGUAAAAUUUUCAUUCAUAAAAUCUAUUUUUUUUAGGGAAAAGAGUGAUUUGAUUGAAGAGAUUAGUAAUCUGAAAACCUUAUCCAAUUCUAUGGAAACUGAUCUUCUUGAAGAAAUAAAUGGCUUGAAGAAUCAGCUAUAUAAAAAAGAAGAGGAAAUUGCUGAUCUCAAAUGCGAGUUAAUAUCUGCCCAUCAAAACCCUGUCGAGAAAGCAGUUAUAAUACAACAAAACGACCCGGUAUGUUGAUUCAUGUUAUUCUAUUUUCUUUUAGGAUAUUGUGGAGCGAAUUGGAGAGUUGGAAAGAGAAGCCAGCAAUCUCCGAAUAAAGUACAAGGAACUGGAGGAAGCUCACGAUACUCUUCUAUUAAUUCAUGGUGAAGGAACAGUGAAACUAGAAGAAUUAGAGCAGGAGAAUCAGGAGAUCAAGAAGUUCUGCAAAGAACAGACAUUACUAUUGGCGAAACUAAAUGAUUGA